UCUGCUUUGUUCACACAUUUCAAUAAAAUGACUGGCAGUCACAUGUCGCUAAGAGACCAGGAGGUGGAAAUAAGGAUUGGCUUAGAGAUACAAAAGAGAGAGAGAGAGAGAGCAGAACUUAGCCUGAGACAACUUGUCACUUGACUGACAGAUGUACAGGCUGGUGAAGAGAGUUGACAAGAUUGACAUGCAUUAGACAUUGUUGAUAGAGGGUUUAAUAUUCAACACGAUCGGGCCGUGUUCUUGGGGCAGUCCACAGUGUCUGUUCUCCCACUAAUGUGUCUCUUCAUUGGCUCUGCUCUCCCCUGUCGCUGUCAAGCUGUCCUGUCUAAAGUGAUGGAUUCCGAUGGAUACGAUCAAUUCACUGGGCCUGAGCAACACAAUAACCAAUUGGGGCAAAAAAUAGUCUUCUACCGAGGCAAGCGGUUGACUUUGACCUACAUACUGUAUGGGAUUGUGUUGCUUCACCUACUGAUAUUGGUGCUUAUUACUGGACUCAAGUUUGCUCAGCUACACCAAGAGGUUUCUGACAUCAAGCUUCUGCUCACGUCAAUGAAUUUGUCAUUGGUGGAACCACUCAGCAAACUCGCCAAGGCAGAGGCUCAAAUCUCAGAGCUAUUCCACAAUCACCGCAAACCCGUGGUUCCACAGCAAGGGCCCUGUGAUGAAGGCUGGUUGUUCUUCCAGGGCAGCUGUUAUCUGCUGUCCUCUGACAGGGAUGACUGGCACGGUGCAGAGGCAAAAUGUGAAGAGCACAGGGCACAUUUGUUGGUCAUCAACAAUGCAGAUGAGCAGGACUUCAUUGGCAAUGUUGUGCAGCAGAGAAUCUACUGGAUUGGACUGGUGGAGAGAGGAGAGGAGGGUCACUGGAGCUGGGUGGAUGGAACUGACUUUUUAACAACUCCACAUUUCUGGAAUGUAGGGCAGCCGGAUGACUGGGAAGUGCCUCUGAAUGGGGAGGACUGUGGCCAGCUCGUGAUGAAUACGCAUGAUGAGCCUCGGUGGAAUGACGGGGACUGCUCCCAGCGCUAUCGCUACGUGUGUGAGCGGAAGGGAAAGUGACACGGCCAUGUGUACAGGUCAUUCUCAAAGCAAGCUCUGUAAAAAUGCCGUAUUUACUUCACGCUCAUCAGUUGAAGGAGUGUGAAUGCUGAACCAGAAACUAACAUUUUGUCAGUCAACCUGCUUACCAGUGUCCCGUUACUUUGUAAAUCUUUGUAAACUUUGUCAAUUCCUAAUAAUGUGCCUUUUAAAUCAAUAUUUUAAUCAGCAGGAUUACCCUAAAAUAGUUUAUUUGAAGGAGACUGCCCACCAGAAUUUGAACAAAUAGAACAAAACAAUGAGUUUUGGAUUGUUGAUUGAAUAGGACUAGGGGUAAAAUCAUUCCACAAUGACACAUUAAAGCACCAAAACUAAUUUAUUUUACAUUAUUGAUUCAAAGAGGCACACUAAAUUCCAGUGCUGUGAUUAGCGGUUCCAUGGGGUGGUGAUGAGUGUACCUUCUGAAAUGUUCCAGGGUUAUUUACAGCGGUCGCUAGGGAGGUGUUCGUGCUCAGGUAUGUAUUCAGCCUCGGCGAAACACAUAGCGGCCUGUCUAUCGCACUCACAGAUGAACAUCUCGCACGCAUUGUUCUUGUCUAAAAGAGAGCAUGGGUACAAUGAAUCAGAGGACGGAGGAAGAACCAACAGAUGCAAGAAGGGAGGGGCAAGGGCAGACGGGAGAAAUUCUUUUAUUUUGAAACAAAAAAAGCAGUCAUUAUAUAUAUAUAUAUCUCAUAAAAAACACGUUUUCAACGUACAAAAAUGCUAAGUUACUCACACAUACAAGACAUACACCGUCUAUAACUCUUUCAUUCAGACUGCCAAAAUCAGGCCUGCCAUUAAAAGUAUUGAUAUCAAAAUGACGCCAAGUUACUGUACUACAAACAAUAUAGGCUUUCUUGCCUCACCGAAAUUAAAUAAGAUGUAUUCCAAAGCAAUGCUACCCAAUAUUUCCUCAAUUCUUUCAAGGCACUUGGCCCUGUGUUUUGUAAUCUUAUCAUUUUACAAUGUCAUGCAACCUUUGUGUCAGAUCAAAGUGUCAAAUAUUUCGAGUUGCCUCAUGGAACACAUUGAAAUUCAUGUAGAAAACUGCUGGUGAGUAACUACAUGAAGCAUAUUUCUCCAGAAAACAUAUGUUUAUACUUGCUUCUGAACUGAAUUUCAGUAAAUGUACGAGUGAUUGUAUAUUUGCUACGUACAAUAAAUACUGCAUGUAAAAUACAUAUUGUGACCCCAUGCUCCCAAGACUGUAACCUUGCCCACUAGGCCAGGACUAGGCAGUCUAACUGUUUAAACUGGAAAUGUUUCAGAGUAAAAAGGUGUGGGUAUUUUGCUUGUGUAUAUGAGUUUUUGAUUGGGUCGUGUAGGUGAAGAUUUGGCUGGUGUCGGUAAAAUGUCCCAUGGGGAGACAUGGUGUUAGUGGGAUAGGUGGCAGGAAAAAGAAGAAUGAGAAGAAGAAGAAGAAGAAGAAGAAGAAUGAGAAGAAGAAGAAGAAGGAGAAAACGCAAAAUCCCCUUAGUUUGGGGCUUUAUUGUGUGGACAUGUGAAGUUGUUCAUGAAUUCUGUCUGUUGAAAUGGGGUCAGAAUGUACAGAAUUUUAUGUUUUUAAGGGCUGAGUGUCUGUGGCUGUUGUGGUUAUUUCUGUGGGGAACCCUGAAAAGUGCCGGUGCUGUAUAGGUAUGGAGCAUGCCAUAGGCACCAAGGCGUAACUUGGCGGGAUGGCAUACCUGCCAUCCCAAUAUCUCUAGUAUUUUUUUCUCUUUUUCUUUCUCUUCUUUAUUACUUUUCAUGUUUGAAAUUAAUUGUGUGUUAUUCUGUAUAAUUUUGGUUGAGUGACUUGUUUCAAUGCGUUGUAUCCUAUUUUUGUUAAUAAAAAAGUGAAUGGCAAAAAAGUCUAUUGUACCAGCACUUGACCAAAGUAUAGAUUCAUUUCAUUUCAAAUUUAGUGGGACAAAGCCACAUAGAAGCCAUCAAAGAUAUGCCUACAUGUAAUGGGCGAAGGAGAAUCACAUGGUUUAAGCUUCUGUACUUCUGUACAGACUAGUAAUUCAACUGAUAUGUAUGUUUAUAAGUGUGAAUAAAUGCUGUAAAAUUAAAUUGGCUAUGUGGAGACAGCAUGCUCUCUCCUUGUCAAUGUGGGUUACCUCACUUUGGUACUCCGGUUUCCUUCCACAUCCAAAGACAUGCUGGUGUUUCUAAUUGGAGAGUCUAAAUUGUCCUUAGGUAUGAGUGUGCAAAUGAAUGGUGUGUGUGCCCUGCAAUGGAUUGGUGACCUGUCCAGGGUGUUUUCCUACCUCUCGCCUAAUGCGUGCUGGGAUAAGCUCUAGCCCCCAGUGACCCUGACCAGAAGUAAACAGUAAGAUAAUGGAUGGAUGUUAAUUAAAUUGUUCAUAUGUACAACCUCUGGAAACAUUACAUUGUUGUGCAAGAUG